AUGAGGGAAAAAAACAGAAUAGUUAAACUCUUACUUAAUUUUAUCGUCCUUACCCUCUUAAUAUUCACAUGGAACUAUUCCAAUGAGGACAUCUCCCUUGGCAAACCGCAUGGCCUCGUAAACCAGUUAAGUAAGUCAUUACACGUACGAACUAGCAGGUUACUGAGAGUAAACACAGAGGAAGAGUUGAGCCCAAAAUAUGCAUUCCUGAGAGAAAAUAUAAAACAAUUAUUAAACGAAGAUGGUGCCAAUUUUGAAAGAAAAUUAAUCACCUUAUUACGUUACCAUAAUGGUAACAAUAACUUUAGCACCCUAAUGAAAAAGGAUGAUGCGAUAAGAUACACAGAUUCAGUGCAACGUAGAAAAGCUUGCAAGAAGGUUCCUGAUUCAUUGAAGUAUCAUAAUAAUUGUAAUAGAACUGCAGAAGGCUAUGAUCUCUAUGAUUUUUAUGAUGAUGACAACGACAACGAUUAUAGGAACAGUGAAGAAACAUUCUAUGAUAAAGGUACCUCCCGAGGCAUCCACUCAUUUGAUGAUAGUAAAUACCAUUAUGCCCGUGAUAGAGUAUACGGUGCACGAAAAAACUGUGAGUCGUACAGAAAAAGACGCCACCCAUCAAAAUAUAAGAACACGCAUGAUAAAGAAUUAUAUAAAUCAAGAAAUCCAUAUAGAGGGUUCGAGUGUAAAAACAGUAGAAACAGAUUUUUCCCUUCCUUAUUUAAAUUUUUUAAAUCCAUUGACACAUUUUACGAGAAGGAAUUAAUGAAGAUGAUGACAUAUAGUAGAACUCGUACGCACGCCAAAAAUAGAUCACGAAAGCAGAAAAUAUACUUUAAUGUUCUUUCUCCAUUUCUGAUAUCCUCCUUAUUAUUGAUUGGAUCUAUUCUACUACAUUAUCCUGUAGGUAUUGUUUCAGCAUUUGUAAUAUAUUUUAUAACUGUGCUUUACGUGUUGUAUAAGACGGUGAAAGUGGCAAAAAAAUGUUCCUCCCUAGACUGGAUAAAGGACAAACGACGUUGUGAGCUGAUUGCUACUCGAGGAAAAAAUUAUUUUUAUUACAUUCAUUAA